AUGGUAUCAUUAUCAGAUGACACAUAUGAUGCAUAUGCUACAAUGGAAGAAAUCAAUGCUUUACCGAUGCAUUUGAGAGGUUUGCUAUGUCCGAUGUGCAACAUGAAAGAUCUCUACAAGACCUUUUUGGAUCUUUUUGAGGAAACAAGUAAUAUUGUGUGCAAAGAAGGAAGGUCCUAUUGUGCCUAUUAUACGAAGGAGGCAUUUAAAGAAUUAUUGAGAGCCUACUGGAUGGAGGCCAAAUGGUCUAAUGAUGGAUAUGUGCCAACAUUUGGGGAGUAUUUGCACAAUGGUGCAACCUCAAGCAGCUAUGGAGUAGUUGCAGCAGUAUGUUUCGUUGGGAUGGGAAAAUUUGCUGGCCUCAAGGAAUAUGAAUGGCUAAAAGCUAACCCAAAAAUUGCUAAUGCUGUCAAGAUAAUUGGUCGUCUGUUGAACGAUAUAGAUGAGCAAAAGAGGGGAGACUGUGCUUCAAGUGUAGAGUGUUACACAAAAGAAUAUGGUGUUACAGAAGAAAAAGCAGCUGAAGAAAUCUUGAAAAUAUGUGGAAAUGCAUGGAAAGAUAUUAACGAAGAAUGCAUGGGACCAACUUCUGUUUCAAGGCCUAUCCUCGAAUGUCUGCUCAACUUUGGUCGCGUUUCAGAGCUUGUUUUUAAGUUUGACGAUGCAUAUACUAACCCAUCAAGUCUCAAAGACAAAGUGAUCUCACUCUAUCUUGAGCCAUUUGCCCUGUCAAAAUGA